UUACUUUUCUUUAAUCGUGACCAAAGAUGAAUAAAGAUUUAUCGGUUGUCUUUUGUCGACCGAUUACAUUUAUCAUCUUCGCAAUGAGUUCUGGGGAUUUUUUCUUUUUGUGGCCUCGUUACCAGAUCCUGGAAAUCGCUGGGUUUCUCAUUGCUUUCUGACCAAUCGGCCGCCGUCACUCUGAGGAACAUGCUCGGAUCACUCGGCUCGGCUGAUUUUUUCCUCUAGGAUUUCUUUCUGGCAGCCUACGGCUUCUUCGAUUGGUGUUGGUGGACGGGUAAGAGCAGCAUUCGCAGAAGAGGCUGUCACGGGAUCUUUGUUCGAUUGGAGUUGGUGGACGGGUUCUGAAGAGGUCAUUGCGGGAUCUUUCUCUCACGCCAUCAAUUCGUUAUAAUUUGUUUUUUAGGUUUUCUAGAUCUCGCUUAAAGGAAAAUUUCCUCUUUUUUUUCUGAAUAUCUUCGAAUUGGUGGAUUGGAUUGCUCUUGAUUUGUUUCAUAGGCGGAAGGAAGUUUGAGCUGUCGACGUGCCUUCGCUUUGCUAGGGCUGAAUACAGUUUUGGAGCCGAAUGAUUGUGAUGUGCGCUGGGGAAAAGCAAUCGUUUCUGUUAGCUAAUUUUUAGAGAUCUUUGGAUUUAUUUUAUUUUUAUCUCAGUUGGUUGUUGUGGGUUUAUUUUGGAUUGUUCAUUAAAUCAUGGAACGUGUGAUUGGCGGAAAGUUUAAACUUGGGAAAAAGAUUGGCAGCGGUUCUUUUGGCGAGCUCUAUAUAGGUGUUAACAUACAAGGUAGAGAAGAAGUUGCAGUUAAGCUGGAAUCAGUGAAGUCAAAGCAUCCUCAACUUCAUUAUGAGUCGAAAGUGUAUAUGCUUCUCCAAGGAGGAACUGGAGUUCCCCACUUGAAAUGGUUUGGUGUAGAAGGAGAAUAUAAUGUGAUGGUCAUUGAUCUACUUGGCCCUAGUCUUGAAGAUUUGUUCUGCUACUGUAACCGGAGGUUCUCACUGAAAACUGUCCUCAUGCUCGCUGAUCAGUUAUUAAAUCGGGUCGAGUAUAUGCACUCAAAGUCUUUUCUUCAUCGUGAUAUAAAGCCCGAUAACUUUCUUAUGGGCCUUCGUCGAAAAGCAAAUCAGGUUUACAUUAUUGACUAUGGUCUUGCAAAGAAGUAUUGGGAUUUUCAAACUCAUAAGCACAUACCGUAUAGGGAAAAUAAGAACCUUACAGGAACUGCACGAUAUGCAAGUCUUAAUACUCAUCUAGGGAUUGAACAAAGCCGAAGAGAUGAUUUAGAAUCCCUUGGUUAUGUACUUAUGUACUUUUUAAGAGGAAGCCUUCCUUGGCAAGGGCUUAAAGCUGGUACCAAAGAGCAAAAGUACGAUAAAAUUAGUGAAAAGAAAAUGCUUACUCCUAUAGAGGUACUUUGCAAGUCGUAUCCAUCAGAAUUUGCAUCUUAUUUUCACUAUUGUCGAUCCUUGAGGUUUGAAGACAAACCAAAUUAUUCAUACCUGAAACAACUGUUUCGUGAAUUAUUCAUUCGUGAAGGAUACCAAUAUGAUUAUGUUUUCGACUGGAAGUAUCCUCAUUUCAGUGCUGAUCCUCGACUGCGGGAACCUAAUGAAAUGACUGGUGGAGCUAUAGGUCCAUCUUUUGAAAGGCCUGAAAGAAUUUCAGCAGGCCAGGAUACAGGGGAUCGAUUGUCAGGUGCAGCUAGAGCAUUUGCUCGAAGGAAUGCUGCAGGCCUGGAUCAUCUCAGUGACCAUUUGAAGCACAAAUCUCCUAAUCACACAUUUAUGUCAAAGGAAGUUGUUGAUUCAGAGAAAAUCCGUCCAUCAUCGCACAAUGGGAGUACAUCAAGGAGGCCUGCUGUGUCAAGCACCAGACCUACUUCCAUUGAGCUUAGCCAGGCACAUCAUGGCAGGACGAGCCAUAUGUUUUCCAGCAGCAGCCGACCAUCCAGUAGUCAUCAAAGAUAUCAGCAGCCUGCAGUCGAUUCCAAGUUGUCAUCUAUCUCCCGAACUGCUGCCACAAGAGGAACACCCAAUGAGUCUCUUCUUCACAGCAUGGAUCUCCUCUCAAUAGGCACCGAGAGGAGGAAGUAAAUUGCCAAAAAGGAAACUAGAGUUCCUGCUGCGGCCUUUAUCCAGCACAAAAUAUGCUUCAAAGCUUCCUCAACUUCCAUGAUGAUUCCUUGUUCAUAGCAUCAACAUGUAAUUAAAAAAGUAGGAACUUUCCAACUGAGAAAACAGUAAUCAAAUCCAAGCUCAAUGUCAGAUCUGUUGGGGCAACAACCUGCCUAGGUCCUAAAGGAACCAGUAAGUGACUUGUGAGUUUCCUAAGAUCACUCUCUUUGGUUCAUACAUUUUUAUAAUCCAAUUCCAAAAAUUAGAAUUUACCUCCAAA